CCUCGUUCCGGGAUGGGCUCGCAUGGCUCGUCCGCACUCCUUCUCCUUGAAGGUCCGUUUCCACACCUGCCCCACGCCGCCUUGACCCUACCCGAGGUACUUAUAAAUCUCUACAGAACGAACUCAGUCGAGAAGAAAAGAUAGCAGAUCCAAGUGACAUUCGCAAAUUUCCGGUGAUAUUACGUAGGCGUGAAUGACUCCUCGCUUAUUAUAAUGCAUGGGCGGUUUCAGUAAGUUAGAGUUUCGGAGCCGGUGUCGGUGUUAGUAGCGCUUUUCCAUGUUUCCCUUAAUCGGCUUGUGCAGGAAGGUAGCAGAAGAUGAGCGACGAUCUAAUGCUAACGGCAGAGAUGAAUGGAAAACUGAAAUUUAAGUUUCUGCGGAUCGCAUUAAAACAGGAGUGAAAAGAUCUGAAGAAGGGGGAGCCUAUGGCGGAGAAGAAAGGGAUAUGUCCUGAUACAAACCAUACUAUGUCCGGGAACCCCACAGUGGCGGGUUUGAUGUUCUCAAUCGGAGUCGUGGGAAACCUAAUUGCCUUUUUACUUCUGGAGGUCCAUCGGAGGAGGGAGCAGGUCCGGCAGCGCCGGUCGCUGUUCCACAUACUGGUGACUGUACUUGUGGUUACGGACCUUUUGGGAACCAUAUCCGUAAGCCCAUUAGUAUUGGCUUCUUACGCGACAAACGUGUCCCUGGUGGGAAUGAAUAAAGAUAAGUACGUCUGUACAUACUUCGGAUUUAGCAUGACCUUUUUAAGCCUGAGUACUUUGGCCAUUCUUUUCACCAUGGCUCUGGAGCGCUGGAUCUCAAUUGGACAUCCUUAUUUCUACGAGAGGCACGUUACCAAGCGUUACGGAUACAUCUCGGUAGCUUUCAUAUUCAUCGUUUCCAUCUGUUUCUCCGUGUUACCCUUAAUAAACUUCGGGGAAUUUGUGCAGUACUGCCGGGGCACCUGGUGCUUCAUUCACAUGCAACACGAAAUGAUCCAGCACAAAGUUUACGCCAUCCUGUAUGCCACUAUUAUGCUCCUCAUGAUAUCCUCGACAGUACUGUGUAACGUGUCCGUCAUCUGUCACUUGGUCCUCAUGUACCGGAGGCGCAAACUCCAUCAAGGAUCCGUAGCAAAACGGAGCCGGCGGUUUAAAAGGUCUAUGUCAGAAGAAGUGGAACAUAUGAUCCUAUUGGUGUUCAUGACGGUAGCUUUCGUCAUUUGCUCGGUUCCACUAAUGAUUCGUGUGUGCAUCAGGACAGCAUCCAAUUAUGAAGGUGGCUCCGAGAAUGACCUUAGAGCUCUACACCUUCUCUCCGUGAACCCUAUCAUAGAUCCCUUGGUCUAUAUCAUCCUUAACCCGUCUGUACUGCGCUUCCUGCGCAGGAACUUGUGCAAACAGGCCCAGCGAAGCAGGCAUGGAGUGGAUGAAGAUGUGGGCACCCCAUCGAGGCUGUCCAAUCACAGCUCCUCUGUGGAGCUCAGCAAAUUCCAGAUCAUACAAUGGGUUAACUAACCGAAUGCCAGACAAGCAAUUCGCAGAUCCCAGAAGACUCUACUUGACUGCCAUUUCUGUAAUGUGUCCUCUUUAUAACCGGACAAUUUCUGGCACUCUUUCACGGAUCCCAUCGACCGCGAACGCAAACAGCAUAUACCGGCUCUAGAGAAGGUUCUCGGGAUUUAUGAGUGCGCAAGUGGCUAUGGAAGUGGGCUACACCCCUCUGACUUUGCCAGAGCUUGACAACAUGACUGUAAGACUUUGAUAGUAUGCAUCACUCUCAUUAAUGUUUAAUUGCAAAGUUAUUUGUAAAAUAAAUCAAAAUGUUUUACUCUUA